AUGAGUUUCGGCGCUCCUCGUGCAACCUUCAAUCAAUAUGACGUUAACCGUGAUGGUUAUGUUGAUCUAGGCGAAUUGAAUCAAUGGGGUGGUGAUGCUGCUAGUGCAGUUGAUUAUCAAUCAUUAGCAUACAAUAGUUCUGGAUAUGGUGUAGAUGCUGGUGUAAUUGACAGUGGCUUAUCAAGUUAUGAAUCGUUGGCAGGUUACGGUGCUGGUGGUGGUUAUGCUGCACAAAGAUAUCCAACGGAUGCUCAAGGUCUUUAUCAAGAUCCAAACCCUCUAAUCAUCCGUCGCCCAAUUGCAGCUGGUGUACUACCUUACAAACACAACGUCACAAUUCGGUAUCUUCAACCACCACCUAUUCCACCACCAGGCCCGCUCAUCAUCAAAGAAGUGCGUCCACCUCAACCACCUGCUCCACCUCCACUUAUCAUCCGUCAACAAGCUCCUUCUCUUCCUAUACCUUCUCCACUCGUUCUUCGUCAACAUCCACCAAAUCUACCACCUGCGGUCGCUGCUCAAAAUUUUAUUCGUCGUUAG